GUGUUCACAACACCAGACGAAGUUCGCCAGUACUGCAGGGACGUAGUUAGCAUGCUAGCUGCCGAGCCGCAGGCUAGUCUGGCUGCUUCAACGUCGUUGUCAGAAUUGAACGCGAGCGGGUUCAGGACGGUUCUGACCCGCGUGGGUUUGAGCGGGCUGCUAACCUCGUUUGUUGUGGUAUUAACCAUGCCACGGUGCUACUUGCUACGUUAGCAGGGAGACGUGGAUGAUGCUUAAAGGUUUCCUAGCGUUACCUUCUUGCAGCAAUGGCCUGAGGGACUCUCUGGACUGAAACCAAGACGCUGAUAUGCAUUGAGGAUGAGUGGAGUCGGUGAAAACCCAUCUGACCCUGCCAGGGCAGAGUCACGAAAACGCAAAGAAUGUUCUGCCGAACUCCUAGGACCCAGUCCAAAGCGGAGCAACGAGAAGCGCAACCGCGAGCACGAGAACAAAUACAUCGAAGAGCUCGCCGAGCUGAUCUUUGCCAACUUCAACGACAUCGACAACUUCAAUGUCAAGCCUGACAAAUGUGCAAUCCUGAAGGAAACUGUGAAGCAGAUCAGACAAAUAAAAGAGCAAGAAAAAGCUGCAGCAGCAAAUGAGGAGGAAGUACAGAAGGCUGAUGUCUCAUCAACAGGCCAAAGUGUGAUUGACAAAGAUGCCUUGGGACCAAUGAUGCUGGAGGCCCUGGACGGCUUCUUCUUUGUGGUGAACAUGGAGGGUAACAUUGUGUUUGUGUCUGAAAACGUGACCCAGUACCUGCGCUACAACCAGGAGGAGCUAAUGAACACCAGUGUCUACAGCGUGCUGCACGUCGGGGAUCAUGCCGAGUUCAUCAAGAACCUGCUGCCCAAAUCCCUCGUGAAUGGCGUCCCAUGGUCCAGCGAGGGUCCGAGGAGGAACAGUCACACAUUCAACUGCCGGAUGCUGGUCAAUCCCCACAGCGACAACCAGGACGAGCUGCACGAGCACGAGCCUCAGCAGCAGAAAUAUGAGACCAUGCAGUGUUUCGCCGUUUCGGAGCCCAAGUCCAUCAAGGAGGAAGGAGACGACUUUCAGUCAUGCCUGAUCUGUGUGGCUCGCAGGGUGCCAAUGAAGGAAAGACCCAUGCAUCCCACGCAUGAGAGCUUCACCACACGCCAAGACCUGCAAGGUAAGAUAACGUCCCUGGAUACCAGUCUGCUGCGGGCGUCCAUGAAGCCGGGCUGGGAGGACCUGGUGAGGCGCUGCAUCCAGAGGUUCCACCUACAGAACGAUGGAGAGAUGUCUUUUGCCAAGAGACAUCAGCAGGAAGUGCUCCGCCAUGGCCAGGCCUUCAGCCCCAUCUACCGUUUCUCCCUGUCUGAUGGAACCAUCGUGUCAGCCCACACCAAGAGUAAACUGGUGCGCUCGCCCGCCACCAAUGAACCCCAGCUCUACAUGUCCCUGCACAUUCUUCAGAGAGAGCAGACAGUAUGUGGAAUGGCCCAGGACAUGGGUCCUGGCAGUCAGGCCACAGGGAUGGCUCCCAAACCGAUGAAUUCCUCCACGCCCUCCAUGACUCCUCCAACCCCAGGCAGUUUGCCAGGUUCAGGGCCCCAGGGCCAAGACACUACCAUCAGCAGCAACAGCACGCCUUUUUCCUCUCCAGGCCCUGCUGGUCCCAGAGAACCAGCAGCCAUGGGGGGCCAUAUGCAGGGCUACCGUUUUGGCUGUCCCCCACCCCAUAACCACACUGGGGGCAUGCAACCGCCCCAGCAGGGCCCCAACUGGAGGAUGAACAGUCCUUCUCGCGCUAGCCCCAGCCCAGCCGGUGGACCCCAUCCACCUCAACAGAACUCUAUGCUGUCUCCCAGGCACCGAGGUAGUCCUGGGGGGGCAGGCAGCCCUCGUGUAGCAGGAGGCCUGCACUCACCCUCCCCGGUGGGGAUGUGUGGUGGAGGGCCUGGAGGUGCAGGUAGUAGUAGCACGGCUAGCACCCAUGCUAACAGCUACACUAGUAGUUCUCUGUCAGCUCUGCAGGCCCUAAGUGAGUGCCACGGUGUAGGACACGGGCAUGGGGCCCCUCAUACACACGCACUAGGGUCUCCUGACCGAAAGAUAGGCUCCCCAGCUGGGGUCACACCAGGGUCAGGGGUGAACACUCAUCUGAUGUCAAAACUUGGAGGAGGCAGUGGUACUGGUGGUGUUACAGGGGACUCAUUUGGAGAAGUUGGUCAGGGCCACACUCAGGGCCAGACAGAGAGCAACUUAGCUGAGCCCAAGGAGGAGAGGGAAGGGCCCCCUGAGGGCCACGAAGCUCACAAUCGUCUUCAUGACAACAAGGGCCACACCAAGCUACUGCAACUGCUCACCACCAAGCCAGAGCCUCUGGAGACGCCCCUGUCUCCUGGAGGUGAAGGUAAAGACCAGACAGGGACUGGGGUCCGGGGUGGCCUCAAUGGAGGGAACACUCAUGCCACAUCCCUUAAGGAAAAACACAAGAUCCUCCACCAACUGCUCCAGAACAGUACAUCUCCAGUAGACCUGGCCAAACUCACUGCAGAGGCCACAGGGAAAGAGCUGGGCCAAGACCAAACCCAGGGGGCUGGUAGUACAGCUUCUGGGGCAGAAAUGUCUCUUAAGCAGGAGCCCUUGAGCCCUAAGAAGAAGGACAAUGCUCUGCUACGUUACCUGCUGGAUAAGGAUGACACUGGACUGAAGGACAAGGUACCUAAACUGGAGCCCGGGGAGGUGAAGGUCGAAGGAGGCAAACACCCUCUUGUGAAGACGGAGAAACAAGACACGGGAUACGACCGGGCUGAACAGUCGUCGGAGCUGGAUGACAUCCUGAAUGACCUGCAGAAUGCUCAGCCGCAGCUCUUCUGUGAGCCGCGGCCCGUUUCGUUGCCCAGUCCCAUGGACAAACAGAACAUCAUCAAUGACAUCUUGCAGAUGUCCGAGACCAAUCCCACCGUGGCGCAGCAGCAACACAGGGGCAUCGGGACUGGCAUGGGCCCAACGAACUUUGCGGGAGUCCGACCAGGCCAGCCGGGAAGGGGUCUGCCUGUGAGGAGCGUGUCUCUAGACAUGAAUGUAUCCCCCCAGCAGUCUUCAUUACAGUACCCCAUAAGGGCCACAAGCCCAUACACUCUUAUGCAACAGCAAGGCAUGGUGGGAAGUCACGGCAUGAUGGCUAACCAGGCCGGUAUGGUCAGCACAGGACUGAUGGCUCCAGGGGGUCCACGUCCAGGCAUGCAGCAGCAGCAGCAGCAGCAGCAGCAGCAGGAGGGCUGGGUGGGUUCAGCCUCUGCGCCUCCUCUUGGAGCGUCCGGCCCUGGGCAGCCAGGUCCCAUGCAAGCCAGGAUGGGGCCGAACGGUGCUCCCAUGAGGCCCAACAGCCAGCCAGGGCCUCGACCGAUGCUACAGUCCCCAAUGAUGGCCAGUGCCCAACCUGAUAUGGAUAUUGGUAUGGUCAGCCACCAUUUCCCCCAACAACAGGCUCCACCCAACCAGACAGCCCCCUGGCCAGACAGCAUGAUGCCCAUCGACCAGACCGCUUUUGUUAACCAGACCAGGCCAGUGCACCCUGCGCAACAGGAUGAAUUGCUGUGUAGUACGGGUCACGGCUCUGGUGAUGGCAGUGCAGUAGACGAGGGGGCCCUGAUGUCUCAGCUGUACACUGCACUAAAAGAUUUUGAUGGCCUGGAGGAGAUUGAUCGUGCUCUAGGGAUCCCUGGUCUGGUAGAACAGAAUCAAUCAAUGGAGCCGGACCAGUUCCCUCAGGACCCCUCCAUGUUAAUAGACCAAAAGCCCCCCAUGUACACCCAGCAAUUUGGUCCCCCACCAUCCCACAUGGCCCAAAGGGGCUACCCAGGUGCUCCCAUGCAAGAGCAAGGCUUCCACCCCAUGGCUAACCAGAUAGGUCCACGCCCAGGUUACCCCAUGAUGAGGAUGCAGGCCCGGCCCGGUCUUAGGCCUACUGGGGUCGUCCCCAACCAGCCCAAUGCACUACGACUACAGCUCCAGCACCGGCUACAGUCACAGCAGAACCGUCAGCCAAUGAUGAGUCAGAUGAGUAGUGUGUCAAAUGUGAACCUACCUCUUAGAGCCAGUGCGCCAAACCAGGGGACCAUCAAUGCUCAGAUGUUGGCACAGCGUCAGCGAGAGCUGCUGAGUAAUCACCUGAGACAGAGGCAGCAGCAGCAGCAGCAGCAGCAGGCCCAGCAGGUUCAGCAGCAGAGGAGCAUGGCCAUGAGGGCCCAGGGUCUCAACCUGCCCCCCAACAUGGCUGCCGGAGGCAUGAGUAACCCGCGGAUUCCCCAGGCCAACCCUCAGCAGUUCCCCUAUCCACCCAGCUACGGUACCAGUACAGGCCUGGCCUCGCCACCUCCCCCUACCAGCCCCUUCUCCUCCCCUCUCUCCCCCAGCCUGCCCUCUCUCCCCCCCAACCCUCAGCUCCACAUGCAUGGCACCUCCUCCUCUUCCUCCACCUCCUCACAGAUGAUGAUGGGAAACACAAACUUGAUGGGCGGACAGUACGGGGCCGUACUCAGCCCCCAAAUGCAGCACAGUGCCUUUCAGUUUCCCAACUCAGGUAUGAGCCAACAGGCAGACGGAGGCUUUGGAGGUCCGGGCACACCGCAGAGCCCCCUGCUUUCUCCCCGCAUGGCCCACACACAGUCCCCAAUGAUGCAGCAGAGCCAAGGAAACGCUGCUUUCCAGGGCUCCCCUGACAUGAACGGCUGGCCACAAGGAAACAUGGGAGGCAACAGUAUGUUCUCACAGCAGCAGGCAUCGCCGCAGUUCGCCCAGCAGAGUAACAGCAACAUGUACAACGGAAAUGGCAUGAACCUCAACAAUGUCUCCAUGGCCAGCAACAUGGCAACCAGCAGCAUGGGCCAGAUGGCCGGACAGAUGAGUGUUACGUCCAUGGCCUCAGGGCCCUCUCCCGGCUUGCCCUCCAUGGGGCAAGAACAGAAAUACUGUUGACCCUCAUGGAGUUCUUACCCUGAACCUCACUGAUCAGCUGGAGCAAGGAGUGCGUCGGCCCUUUCAAAAAUUGUACAAACAUGUAACUAACCGAUUGCCCCUUGAACCAGCCAGGCGGUGCCCUGACCUUGUCUCCCCAGCCCAUGAUUGCCGUCUGUCCCAGCUGGGCCUCUUCGGCUUCCCCGGAGGAGCCUGGACCCGUACAGACACAGGAGAGUGAAGAGGGCUGGGGAAGGAUGGUGGACCUCUGUCCAACAUGCCUCACCCUCCUGGAGGAGCCUUGUGAUGAGCCAGUCUGUCUGCCUGUCCAGCUGCAUUCACCGUAGUGUGACUUACUGUAGGCCUCCUGGUUUGGGGGGCACCGACCUAAGGGGGCAGCAGUGGUUGGGAUCCCUUGUUCUGAUGAAUGUAUUCCUCUCAGUGGACAGCGGCCAUUUACAAUCUCAUCUCAAAAAUGACGUACACUGAUUUUUCUUUUAUGUCCUAUUUUUCUCACACAUUUGUGACAUUUCCACAUAGUUCCAAAAUGGCAGCAAAGACUCCAAGUUAUGUUCAAAUUCAUGAAUGGAGCUCAAACACUUAGCCAGUUUUGCCUUUUUGCUGUUCUUUAUUUUAUUAUUAUUUUAGUUUUUGUUGUUUUUUCUUGUGAGAAUUAAGAUGUAGAAUGAAGAUAUGGUUGAAAAAAAUGACCUUGAAAACACUGCAGAAGAAUGGUUUGAGUGGAAUGGUGAUUUGUAUGAUUAGACUAAUUUAGUCAAGAGGUUUAUAUAGUGUAUUAAAUUAAGUUUUAUUUUUCUGUAUAGAUUCAUUUUAAUUAUUGUAGAUGAUGAUUAUGAUUAUCCUAGUAGCAAGAACAAGAAAAGAAUUCUAAAAGUGUGAAAGAGGCACUUUUUAAAUAAUUUUAACAGUAAUGGUUGUAUUCUUUCUGAGAAGAUUCUUCUAUUAACAUGAAUAAUGGAUUAUACUUCGGUCCUUUAGUUUCAGAAGAAGAUCUCAAAAUCAUAUAUGGUUUGAAAAUGAAUUUCAGAGAUUGUACAUACCAAUAAGUAAAACAUUGUCUUUCCUAUUUAUUUUAUUCCUUAGGGUUUGAUUCCCCCGUCUGGUCACAACUGCCUUUUGGAGCAGAGAAGGGUUGUUGUUUUUUUUGUCUUUUCUUUUCUUUUUCGUAGAGUUUUUUGGGAAGUGGAGUGGGAGCCUUUACAAUCUGAUGUUCUGGUACGAUGCAGACGGGUGAGGGGGGGGGGGAAUAGAGGGGUCGUAAGGGGGUGUGCUGUCUAUACAGUGUACAGAUUAUCGCUUGCUUCUCUGCCUUUAGCAUAGAACACCAUUAAAAAAAGGAGGAAAAAAACGUAUACAAGUUCAACACAGCCAUACAAUAACUCAAAAAAAUAAAUAACAGAUGUGUGCUUUCUAUGUUGUCUGGAGUGAAAAGUGCUUCAUACAAGCUGCUAGGUGCAAACUGUUCUGGUGUGAUGUAAACGAGCAAUAACGAUUACUUGAGAAUCUCUUGGGUUUUUUUUGGUCUUUUUGUUUUUGUAAUUUUUGUACAGUUUCCUGAAUAAAAAGGACACAUUUUUGCUCCACGUUUGGGUGCAGUAUUAAA